AUGAAUAAGUUUUAUAUUCAAAUUGUUUUACUUCUUUUAAGUAUCUACCUAUGUGUGAAUAAUAAAACCCUUGCAACAGAAUUUGCUCCGAACAAAUAUACAAAACCGAAAUCGAAAAAAUCGUAUCCUGCAAAUGAUAAUAUACAAGGAAUAUAUGAAAAAAACAAGCACCUAUUAUGUACCAAUUCCGAAGAAAUUACAAAUGCGUACAAUUUUAUGAGCGAUGCUUUCAAACAAUUAGAAUAUCAUGCUACAAGUAAUGAAGGUUAUGUAUUAUAUCAUACAUAUCUUCGUUAUGAUAUGGAUUUUUAUAAAAAAAAACAUAAAAAUACAGAAGUUGAAAAAGUUAAAUAUAUAAUUAAAAAUCCGAAUAAGUAUAAUGAAUUAUUAAACAGGUUUUGGAAUCCCAAUGGUAGAAAUUUUUUCAAUCCAACCUCGGCUAAAAGAAAAAUUGUCCGUGUAUAUGGUCCAAAUUUAGUAAUGAUACAACAACGUUUCAAAAAAUGGCCGUGGUCUCGUGAGAAAUAUUUUUAUGCUUUCGCUGCAAUAUUUCAAAUAUCAAAAAACAAAACUAUGAUUGUCAUGGCUUCAGCAAAUAUAAUUGAUCACAACCGUAAAAAUAAGAAAUAUUUUGAAAACAAAAUAGUAGAAAGUGCAAAUUUAUUCCAAACUGAAAUUGAUUCUGAAGAUGAUAUUAGAAAUGGAGAAUUAAAAAAAAUGUUUGUUAACUUAAAUGGAUACAUUGUUGAAAAAAAAAAAAAAUAUAUUGAUAUCACCCAUGUCGACUCUAUUGUUUGUCAUUUCAUAAAUAAACAUAUAUUUAAAUAUAUUUUUCACCACCGUAUAUUAGAGAAUUUUUGUUAA